AUGAGACUUCCCAGAGGCCUCUGCGAUGAGGUGCUGCGAAGGGUAGAAGGCAGAAUAGAGAAGAAGUACGCAUGGUACAGAAAGUCUCUCCCUCCUGGUCUCAAGCUGUCCAUCACUCUACGACACUUGGCCUGUGGGGACAAUUAUCCAAGCCUGUCCUACAACUUCAGAGUUGCUCCAAACACCAUCUCCCUUAUCAUUAAUGAAGUCUGCGAUGCCAUCAAAGCCGAGUUUGCUGCUGAGGUGAUCCAGUGUCCUACUACAACUGAAGAGUGGAUCGCCAAUGCUGAGCAGUUUGAUAAGAGAUGGCAAUUUCCACACUGCUGUGGUGCUCUGGAUGGCAAGCAUGUGGCGGCCACCUGUCCUUGGAAUACUGGCUCUGUGUACAGAAAUUACAAGGGCUUCUUCUCCAUUGUCCUCAUGGUCCUGGUCGACGCAGACUACAAGUUUCUAUGGAUUGAUGUCGGCUCUGAUGGUUCCAGCAACGAUGACAGUAUCUACAAUGGGUCAGAACUGAAAGAAGGCCUGGAGAGUCCGAACAACAUAUUCAAUCUCCCUGAAGAGAAGUCUCUACCUGGUUUCUGUGUGAUAUUUGCCGCUGAGGAGGCUGAGAAGGAAGUUGAACGAAUGCAGCCUGGCGAGGAGUAG